AUGUUUUCGAGUGGCCCAAACUAUACUAAGUUGAAGACACAUUUGCGUUUAGCGAUCAACCGAUUGAAAUUGUUAGAAAAGAAGAAAACAGAGCUGGCGCAGAAAGCACGUCGUGAGAUCGCUGAUUUCAUUGCCGCCGGUAAAACGGAACGUGCUAAGAUCAGAGUAGAACACAUUAUCCGUGAAGAUUAUAUGGUAGAGGCAAUGGAGCUGUUAGAGAUGUACUGUGAUCUGCUGUUGGCACGUUUUGGUCUCGUCCAACAAAUGAAAAACCUUGAUGAUGGUCUGGCAGAAGCUAUAUCAACCAUUCUUUGGGCGGCGCCUCGCAUUCAAACAGAUGUGCAGGAAAUCAAGGUGAUAGCAGACAUCUUGACAUCCAAAUACGGUAAACAGUAUACGGAAGCAUGUCGAGAGGAAGCAAUUCAAACUAUAUCAGAGAAACUAAAGCACAAAAUGAGCGUGCAAUCGCCGUCAAAAUUACUCGUGGAGAAAUAUCUAAUAGAAAUCGCUAAGAAUUACAAUGUGGAAUAUGAGCCAGAUCCACAAGUAAUGGCAGAAGCCCAGGAUGCGAUGUUAAUAGACAUAGGAGUCAAUGGAGGAGAAUCAAGGAAUAAUUUAGACACAGCCAGCGGAGGUGGAAUUCCACAUCCUCCUGGCUUUAUAGGUUUUCCACAGGCACCUCUGCUACCAAAUCCUGGAUUCCAUUCGAGCAUGGUGUCAGAAAAAGAUACUUUAGGAUUCGUAUCUCCGACAUCUCCACCUUCUGUUGAAAAAGAUCAAAAUACUUCUUUCAAUCCCACUGUAUUUUCGUACAACAUACCCCUGGACAAUGCUAAUUCGAACAAACCCGAAGAUCUACCACCACCGUAUCGGCCUGAUUUUCCACCUGAUUUAAACAAACAGUCAGAUGAGAAACCGAAACCUCAGCCAAGGUCUAAAAUAUCAAUGAAUAACGAUCAGCUUCCGGAUCUGCCAGCAGUGCCGACAGAAAACAAUGAUUCGCCUGCGAAUCCAUCCGUGAAUGAUGACAUUGAUUUUGACGAUUUGAUGAAACGAUUCGAGGACCUAAAGAAGAGGAAGUAACCAAGAAUAUUAUAAAAACAAUAAAACACGUUAUUUUUUGUUUUUACUCGCGGGACGAUACUGUAUUUGAUAGUGCCUUCUGCAAAAAAGAGUCUAUACUUAGUUCAGCGAGAGACGCUGCUCGGAGUGCCAUAUAAUGGCGGAUAAAAAGGUUGGAGUGGGGAGAACGUACCAUCUAAAGCCUUCGGCACACGAUACGAUUUUUCAUACUAGAUCGCAUACGAGGCAUCUUAAUACAUGUCCCGAUUGGCUCGGAUGAUUAUGUCACCAAUCGUAAGCCAAUGAGGAUACGUAGUAAGAUGCCUCGUAUGCGAUCUAGCAUGAAAAAUCGUAUCGUGUGCCGAAGACUUUACUUGAUACCGUAUAAAUGGCGCACGGCUAUUAUCUCACUACAGUACUGUCAUUUCAUUAAUAUUAUUUCAUUCAUAAUAUUCAUUAAUAUUAAUAUCAUUAAUAUUCCAGGCUUCUGCCAUUGUUAAUUUAAACAAAUAUUAGAAUAAAAAUUUACUCGUAUUAUGAAACUGAGCCGUUCGAUGGUAUUUAACUAUCAACAUGCCAAAUAUUCCGAUCUUGCGUUAUUUGUUGCUAGCACUGGCAAUCAACGCGAGCAGUAACAUGGUAUGCUGGAGGUUGCCCCUGUGCAAAUCGGACGAAAACUCGUCUACUCCAAGCGAUGUCUCUUGCUGAACCAAGUAUAGAAAAUUCAAGUCUAUUAUAUGCUUUUGCCAUGAAGAAAAUAAACAUCUAUAGUUAUGCUGUAUUCGCAAAUCAAGUAUGUAUAAAUUGUUAUAAUAUUAAUAUUAUUAACAUACAACACGUUAAUUUAAUUUAAAUAUUUUUAUGAUUAUUACAUGUGCACUACAAUGUUUUAUAAUAAGUGUAUACAUAUAUAAUAAUAUAUCUAUUCAAGUCACACUUUUAUGAGAAUGA